UCUCUCAAAUCUCUCUCUUGGUUCUCUCAUUCUCUCUUAGUGUUCUUCUUUUGUUCUUGCAACAAAAAUCAAAGCAUGGAAGCUCUGAUCUUCCCUCAAAUCAGUAGCUUUCUUCCUUUCUUUGUUGUGCAUGAUUGGAAUCAAAAAGGAAAGAAAUCAAAGAAGAAGGAUUACAACUUCUUCUCCCUUGGACAACAGCCUUUGAUUGCAUCGAAGGGAACAAAGAUCCUCUCCUACUUUCCUCACUCGGCCAACACUAGGAGAAGUUCUCUCUGUUUCUCUCUUUCUCUUCCUCUCGGGUGCCUUGCAACAAAGAGGAAAGAAGGGUCUCUCUCUCUCUCUCAAGUUUUGAUUAAGGAACGAAGGCAAGAGCUGCUAGGUUAUGGAUGAGACCUUUAGUUUGUAGAUGUUAUAUACAAUGGUUAUGUAAUGUUUGUGCCGCAUGUGGUACAUAUGUUGUUAUUUGGAUGUAUUUUAUUAUAUCAGAACAAAUG